AUGCUUGUGAAUUGUGAUGGUGGUGUGGUUGAUGUUGUUAUGACUUUUGAAGAAAAGGUUUUUGAUUCUGUUCUUGAAGAUCUUAAUAACAGAGAACAGCCAUUUAUGAAAACCAUACUUGUGAUGAACUUGGAGGUUAAAGAUAACCACGAAGAAGCAGCUAUUGGUGGCCGCCUUGCCUUGGAACUCUGUCAAGAGGUGAGUGAUACAAACUCUAAUGGAAAAGUAACGUUGGUGUUUGUUAUGGAUUUUAGGUUGAAGGGAAUGAAUGAUGGGAAGAUACAAUCCAUGACAUUGUCGCUGGGUUUUGAAAAACAACAUAGGCGUAAACUUGUUUAUAGCAUCUCAUUCUACCGAAGAUGUAGUAGCCAUCAUCAGUUCAAGGGAGAGACUUGA